AUGUACCCCAUUCAUCAGCGCUUGGCUUCUAACUUGAGGCGCGGGAGGUGUCUUUUGGCUGGCGACGCCGCACCAGUGAACAACGUCAUUUGUGGCUUGGGUCUGAGCACUUGCCUGCUGGAGUCUGUGGCUCUAAGCGACACUCUCACUCUAAUUCUGAAAGACGGCAAACCAGGAAAUCCCAUACUGAUAAUGUCCUCGGAUGAGCAACGUCAAUUCUUCCAAUUUUUUGUUGAUCCAGUCGCUUCUUGGGAGCAAACGCGAAUACAGGCAGGCGAGCAAGACGAUUGGUUCGUUCGCUGCUUGAGUGACAUCUCAAGCCCCUCAUUUGCACGUUGGAUUGAAAUGAUGGAGAGCUUUUGA